UGGCCAUCCCGUGGAAAUUGAGAAGGGCGCCUUGACCAUCCAAUCAGGCCCGCUUGCUAUUUUUCCUGCCACCAGCAAUUCGACCGACUGCGCCUCGACCACCAACUACAUCAUCGCAGAUGGGGGCCUCAUUCUUGCCAGAACCAAACCACAAAGUGACACGACACUCGACGCUUGACGCUCGCCAUCAUAAAACCCAGUUCUCGUUCGCAACUUGCCUCUCUCCUCCUCCGACCGUCUCUCAACAUCCUGGCAGCAACAUCUUCCUGUUGUUUUGGUGACAGGGUCUCCUCCCCGCCUGCUUAAGCGCCCUGUCACUCCACAAUAAAUCGCCGUUGGGCACAAAUGGUACCCGCGGUCUAAGCGCUUUGAAGUACAACCUGCUGCGGCCGCAUCAUGCGACCUUCCGUCCAGCAUUAUGCCUUCCAAAGUUCGAGAUAAUAGCGCCGAGCGGCGGCGCGAGAAAAAGGAGUCGUCGCGAUCAGAAAAGGACCGGAGAGAACGAGAUCGAGACCGGGACCGAGACCGAGAAAGAGAUCGGGACAAAGAUCGUGACCGAGACAGAGACAGAGAUCGAGACAGAGACAAGGAAAGGGAAAGGCACCGAUCACAUCGCAAAGCCUCCGUGCGAGAAAAGACAUCCUCCAGGACAUCCAUCUCGCCGGUCAAUGAAAAGAGACGGUCCUCCAUGCCGGGAAAGGUCGAAGAAACCCCUGUCAAAUCGGACUCCAAGUCCAGCUUGCCGUAUCCUUCGUUCUCGAAAGAACAUAGCCGCGAAGCCGUCGGUUUGGCAAGUCGGCCAGUUCCCAAUGUCUUUACUCCCCCUGCGACCGAUCUGAACGCUUCCAAAGACAAACUCCCCUCGAGACAUUCGACUUUUGGGCACGAUGCUCCGCCCAGUCCCCCGCUCACCGACAAGAACUCGGGGACGGCGAAAUGGAAGGCCAAUGUCGGGAGGCCGGUGUCGGUUGACACCAUUCAGGAAGAAGAAAAGGCCUCUCAGAUGGACGGAGACACGAAGACCACUUGCAAGGCACGACUCAUACCUAAAACAAGGGGAUCUAGCGGCCGUCUGCGCAGUUCGUCUGAGCUGGGGACAGACAGUUCUCCGACUCGGAAACCGCGCGAUACAACCACUACGCCGCUGAAGACGGUAACCCCAGUUUCGACAAUACCCGUUUCUCAGAGGUCAGUCAGUCAGCCGACGCGAACCGAUUCUCCCGCGACCACCAACAGCGCAACCGAAUCGGGCACGAACAUCAGUUCCGAAGCCACCUCUAUAGCCCCAGAACAACCUACAAUUCAGCGGCCCGGGUCAAAAAUCCCGUCAGCGGCCGUGUAUCCAGACGGCCCAGCAGUCAUUCUCCCACAGUCCAGGGGAGUGACCCCAUUGGAGAUCUUUAUAGAAGAUGAUGCCUCAGUAUUGACGGGGACACCGGCAGGUGUCUCACAAACUCCUGGGCCUCCGCCACCGCCACCGGCGCCCAUCCCGGUCUCUGUGCCCAAGGUCGACUAUCUGCUGCAGCACGGCGGACUACACCAGUCGGUAACGAAGAAUCUGUUACUGGCGGGUAAGCCCAUGGCGAUACAACAGGCUCAAUCGCCGAACCAACCCUCCAUUCUGGUCGCCAAUCUCUUUGAACCUUACGUCGCGCUGCUUGAUGAUUACGACAAAGUCAUGUCGAAGAAUGGGUCAUUGGCUGUUGCCACCGGGUAUCGCUCGGUGGCACGUCGACUGCUCGAUCGACUUGAAGCUGUUUUCGCACGGGACAUCUCCUCGGAAGCAUGUCAAUGCCCGAUGUGCGAAUACGAUCAUGCCGAGGACGUGAGAGGUGUCAGCUGGGGCGAAGUCCUAGAAUUAGUCUCUGGUAGAAAAGAUCUCCCCAGUUGGCCACCUUUCGCUUUCACGCUGUCGCCGGUGGGAUUAGGGAUCUCGUUGGAGUUCCGGGUACCGAUGCAGAAGCUCGACAUUGACGUGCCUGAAGAAUACCGAGAACACUAUAUCCGACAGUCACGCAAGACGAAGCAAAGCGUGGACAAGUGGCUCAGCCGACAAAGCGACGACCCGAGUUCGCCACCUGAGGAGGUGGACGAGGAGACGUUGACCUUUGCCAUCUUGACGCACUUGCCCGCUGAACAAAGGCCUAUUUUCAAGGAUUUGCUGGGUAUUGUGGAUCGGCCAAUCGAGCCUCCUAGACGAGUACCGACCCCAGAGCUGGAGAAGCAGAAUGGCGAGUCCCGUCCACCACAGCCGACACCAACACCAACACCCGCCCCUCGAGUUCGGCCUCCGCACAUUGCCAUUGCUUCGCAGGCGAUCCAAAGGUUAUACCGAUUAACGAUCACGCCAAGAGAUUCCGAGGCUGCGCUGUUCUUACUCAACAAUCCUUCGUUGCACAACGCCCUGGCUACCUUGGCCGCUAUAUCCAAUGAUGAAUGGGACAUUCUCAUCUCUGGCCGGUUUGACGGGUUCCUCAGAAGCGGUGCAGAUGACGUUCCGUGGCCCGAGCACAUCCCAUCAAGAGGACCGACUCCCUAUCGUCCCCCUACCCGAGGCGCUACGCCUGGUUACGGGCCACAGACGAAUGGGGCGGGCUACGGAUCUCGCCAGGGCAGCUACUCUCACCCUUACUCGCAGACCAAUGGCGUUCCUAAUGCUCAAUAUGGCGCGCCCAUCGCGUUUGACGAGGAGACGGAACUGGCCACGCUUGCAGAGAUAGAACGCGACAUCUACGCUGGGAUGGAAGCUCUCGAAGAUGCAUUCGAGGUUCUGCAUAAUAAGGCGGAAAUGGUGCGUCGGGCCUUACGAGAGCGCUCUGCUGGCUUGGCCGCCGCAGCCCAGCGAAGACGCGGUGUGAUGGGUGGCGGGAUCGAGGUCCGAAUGGAUACGCCCGCAAGCGGGAUCAUGCCCCAGGGAGAAAACGGGGUGGGCGGACGAUGGGACGCCGAAACUGACGAUGGCCUCGGGGAGUGGGAUGGUUUCGGGGAGAUCGAGCCGGACGACUCGGCCAGCAAUAUCUCGAGUGCGCGGAGGAGAAGGCCGAAGCGAAGAAACGAGAGGAGGACGCCGGCUCUGAUCGAAGAAGAAGAUGAGAUGGAGGAUGACGGAGCGAGCGAGGGGACAGGGAGCCCGAGGAAACGGUGACCGUGACACGAGUGUUGAUGUGAGACGACGUGCUAUGCAUCUGUUUGACGACCAAGGCUCCGGAUCCACGAGGCGUGGCAUGUUACCGUCGUUGCAUAUUGGUGGCAUUUUGUUCCCUGGGCGUUUUUCAGCAGGCCAUAUCACGAGGUUACUCGGUACAAGUUGGGUGCACUAAGACCACAGCACAUCUGAUAGUGGGGGCUUUCUUGAAUGCAGGAGAAUCAUGUUUGCAUCUUCCAUGGCCUGUACCUCGUCCUGAGAGGUUCAUCCUGAUGUGUCGGGGCGGGGCUGGUUUCCCCCAGGCUCAUGGGCUCAUGGGCUCAUGGGCUCAUCCUCCUCCUAUAUGGCUACAUAGCUACCUUUUUGCCUGCCAAGGACCUACUCGGUCCUCCGGUGCUUGCCAAAGAAACUCGUGGCAAAGGUGCCGUCGACGUUG